AUGUCUCUCCGCAUCGUCCCGGCCGACGUGCACACGGCCUCGUUCAGCCAUAUUGGCGCCCGGGAAAAGGGCGCCCCGUCGGCACCGGGCCUACACGACUUGCUCCGGCGAGGCGUUGGUCCGACCAAGGCGACGACGAGCCCCGACGCCGCAUCGACACCCGACUCGGCACAUCCCCUCGAGGCGCGGCUGAAGCAGUGGGAGGCCACGCGCGAGGCGCUGCGCAUGGAAACGCUGCGGCGGGCCUUUGGCGUGGCCGAGCCGGUGCGCCGCGGCAUGGAGCUCAAGAUCACGCGCGAGGGCGAGUGGCGGCCGCAGGUGCUGCGGUCGGCCGGUGGCGUCGGUAUGGGCCAGCUGCCACGCAGCGUCCACGAGGACAUCCUGAUGGCCUGUGAGGCUACCGUCGAGUGGGAAGACGUCUUUGCCGGCGACGAGACCCGGACCGUGCCCGGGAUGCACGACGAGAUGGAGCGGAAGCUGCGGAUGUAG